AUGGAGGUUGACGCUGUGAUCGACAGUGGAAGUGAAGGUGAGUUAUUGUGCUUUUCAUUACAGAAACUAAUAGUAGUAACUUUGCUGCUGCACUGUUGAUGUCCUACAGGACAAAUGUUUUAGCUGCCAAAAUGUUUGUUUCUCACAGAUGAGGCCAGAAGGAGAGCUAAAAACAGAAGAGCCAGACAACAACGCAAAGCCAAACGGGACAGCGAUGAUGAGGAUGAUGAAGAUGAUGAGGAUGAGGCACCAAAGAAAAGAGGACGUAAAAAGAAGGCAAAGCCCAGGGACAGUGAUGAAGAGGACGAGGAAGACAACCGCAGCGUGAAGAGCAAAGGUUCAAAGGCCUCCAGGAGGAAAGCUGCUAAGGAGGAGAGCGAGGAGGAGAGUGAAGAUGACCGACAGAGAAAGAAGAAACGAGGGAAAAAUGUGUCCAAGCAGGAGAAAGAGGAGCAGAAUAAGGAGAAGAAGGGAAAAGUUAAAGGAAAAGAAGGGAAGGAUAAAGGUGGUGAGAAAGACAAGAAAAAGAAGAGUGGGAAGUUUAGCAGCUCCUCUUCCUCCGACUCUGACGACCAAUCCCUGUCAGAGGGAGAGAUUGAAGCCCUGAAGGAACAGGUAGAGGAGAAGAAGAAACUGAUCACCACUUUGAGGAACAAACCCUGGCGUAUGAAGAAGAGACUUGUAACUCUAAAGGAGGCUCAGGAGUUUGUUGAAAAGUUUGAAGGAGCUCUCGGUAAAGGAAAAGGAAGGAGGCUGUAUGCGUUCAAAGUCAUGAUGGCCAAGGUCCUGAUGGGUCUUCCCCUUGGCUCCAUUCCCAGAAAAACUGUGCCUCGAGAGGAGCAAGAUACGGCCAUGGACUUCUCUGUGCUCUUUGACUUUGGUGGAUACUUUAAGUACUCCUUUCUGUUCUAUGGCUACUACAACAGCGAUCGGACCAUUGGGUUGCUGCAGUUCAGACUUCCUCUGUCAUACUUGCUAGUAGGAGUUGGGAUCUUUGGAUACAGCCUGAUGGUUGUCAUAAGAACGAUGGCUCGAAACUCAAAUGAAGGGGGGGAUGGGGCAGAGGAGGGAGAGUUCACCUUCAGCUGGAAGAUGUUUACCAGCUGGGAUUACCUGAUAGGAAACCCUGAGACUGCAGACAAUAAGUACGCCUCCAUAACCACCAGCUUCAAGGAAUCUAUAGUGGAUGAACAGGAGAAUCAGAAAGAUGAGAACAUCCAUCUCCGACGGUUCCUCCGAGUUCUGGCAAACUUUCUGAUCCUAUGCAGCCUUGGAGGCAGCGGAUAUCUCAUUUACUUUGUGGUGAAACGUUCUCAGGAGUUUGCUGAUAUGAAAAACGAAGAACUCUCGUGGUUUGAAAAGAAUGAGGUGGAGUUUGUGAUGUCUCUACUGGGGCUGGUGUGUCCUCCUCUCUUUGAAACCAUCGCAGAGCUCGAGGACUAUCACCCUCGUGACGCCCUCAAGUGGCAGCUGGGACGAAUCUUUGCACUCUUCCUUGGAAACCUUUACACCUUCCUUUUCGCCCUGUUUGAUGAGGUUAAUGCCAAGUUGGAGAGUGAAAAGGCAAUCAAGAACGCCACUGAAUGGGCUCUGGGGCAACACAUUGCCAAUUACAGCUCCCACUACAACACAACAGACGUGCCUCCUCCAAAUGUUCAUCCAGCCGACGUCAUCAGAGGACCCUGCUGGGAGACUGCAGUGGGAAUAGAGUUUGUGAAGCUGAUAGUGUCAGACAUACAGGUCACCUAUUUGACGAUCCUGAUUGGUGACUUUGUACGAGCCGUCCUCGUCCGCUACCUCAACUACUGCUGGUGCUGGGACCUAGAGGCCGGGUUUCCUUCAUAUGGAGAGUUUGACAUCAGUGGAAAUGUGCUUGGCCUAAUCUUCAAUCAAGGAAUGAUAUGGAUGGGAGCGUUUUACGCCCCAGGUCUAGUGGGUCUGAACGUUUUACGUCUCCUGUGCUCGAUGUACUAUCAGAGCUGGGCAGUGAUGUGCUGUAACGUUCCUCAUGAGCGGGUUUUCAAGGCCUCUCGGUCCAACAACUUCUACAUGGGCCUGUUGCUGCUGGUGCUGUUCCUCAGUCUGCUGCCUGUCGUCUACACCAUCAUGACUUUGUCCCCGUCCUUUGACUGUGGACCAUUCAGUGGUCAAGAGAAAAUGUAUGACGUGGUCAUGGAAACUAUAGAUAAGGAUCUGCCAUCUUUCAUAAGUAAUAUUUUUACUUAUGCCACCAACCCUGGACUCAUCAUGCCUGCUGUCCUUCUCAUGGUGUUGGCCAUAUACUACCUGAAUGCAGUGUCAAAAGGAUAUCAACAAGCAAACUUGGACCUUAAAAGGAAGAUGCAAAUGGCUCGGGAUGAGGAGAAGAACCGCAGAAACAACAAAGACAGCACUAAUCAAGUGAUGAAAGACUUGGAGGACCUGCUUCCAGACAAAUCUUUAAUACCCCCUCCUGCUGAGGAAGAGCCGCCUCCUCCUGAUGUCGUAAUUGAGAAAGGCAGCAAGUCUCCCAAGAUGAAGCCAGGUGCCGCAGGAAAAGGGGUUAAACUACAAAAAGAUGUGUCAUUGGCUGCCCCAAACCCCAGAUCUCCAGUGACCCGUGCCCCAGGGCCACGAAGACCCCCUCCUGGAAAUGCCAGGGGGCCUCAACCUGGACCUGGGAGAGGAAGAGGUCGAGGUGGGCCUCGCAGGGAAUAAAAGAAGAAUGUAUGGACUCAAAUCCUGAUAACAACCAGCGUCUGUUGACCACUGAACUCAUGGUCAAAGUGUUUAUGGAGGGUGCCACUAAAAUAAUCAUACUUUUAGAGUAAGUGACAGAUUAACUUUGACCUUAUAGAAGAAUUAUGCUUCUACAUUACUUUUUACCUUUAUCAUUAACAUUAAAACAAGUAUUUUACACAUGCCAAUUAACAAGGUAUAUUUAAGAACUGAAAAAGUCACAUGAAACCCAAAUGAGCACAUUAUGGGGGAGGAAGUGAGUGGUGGAAAGUAAAAGGAAACAAACACUACUGUUUAUCUGUGUUUCUAGCACAACUAAAGAAAAGGUAAACAAACAAACAAAACAGCACUUUCAUGUAAUACAGAUGAUGAUCCUGUUUGCUGCAAUUCAGUCAUUUAAAAGUUUUACUGUAAUUAAUAUGGUCAACA